GUUUAUGUCAAGACGAGGCUGUCAAAAAAUGGAGUUUUAUCAUGUCGCUGAUGAAUGAGCAUCGAAAAUUGGCUUAAUUUGUCCACAGGGUCAACACCAUCAGCAGUCGUAAGAUAUCAGGACUUUCACCAGCCAUUGUUUAGCGGACUGACAUCACACAAGAUAGCAGAAAACCUAAUAGCUCGGUGGGAAAAUGGACACAGAAGAGGAUUAAAUUGUUUAAUAUCUUUUUCUAAUAGAGAAAGGAGGUGUUAGUUGUUUAAAUAAUUGUGUUGAAGAAAUAACUUAACCUGAGAAAAGCAAUGUAAAAAAAGCCUGUUAAGGGAUGAUGUAUCAGGACAGUGUAUAAGUCGUUCAUUAUUCAUUGAUGGUUUUUAAGAUGAGAAGGUAUUUAGCUAGAUGAAAGAAAGAAAAUACAAUGAAAAAAUGAAAUAUAAAUAGAGGGAUAUUAAAUAAAUCUCCUAGUUUAUGAAUGAAAUUUAAGUUAUAAAAUUCAUGUAGUGGAAAGGAAAAUUAGAAUAACAUUACCUGCAUCAAUACAUACGAUGUGUAUGAUCUACAUCAUUUGUUGUAAGGCGAUCAACUGAUGCCUGGUAAAAAAUUGGAGCUUGUAACUUAUUGAUGUGAAAACCAGAAAGCCAGACUCUCUAGGCUGUUUAUUAUACUGAGAAAGAUAAAAGUGAAUGCAUCAUCAUAUUUAUAUGGAUAGAUAAUAUCUCAGGUGUGGUUAUGACAUAAUAAUGACAUUUUUGAACUGGUGAAAGUUAAGCUUGUCAGAUUGAAACUAGGGACGGAAUACAUGUCAGUGUAAUGGUGUGUAAUAAUGUUGUUCAUGUAUGUAUGACCGAGUUAUAUAGUGUAGGCAAAUACAUUGAUUGCAUAUCACAUCGUUAAAUCAUGUUGAAAGUGCCCAGUGUCAAAUGAAACACAGUUUUAAGUGGGUUUUUGAGUGCAGAUUCAUGUUGGCAUUAUUGUUAAGUGUGGGAUGUGCAUUAAAGGAUUAAGAAAUUGCUGAGUUGAUGCUUAAUCUGGUGGGUAAAAAAUAUAUUGUCACUAACAGUGUGUUUGAAGUUAGUAUAUGAUACACAGGUGCUAAUAUAUAUUUAUAAAUGAGGAGAUUUAAGUUGUCAUUGUGUAAACUUUUUGAGAUAUAGACAUAUUGAAAUAAUAAUCAAAUUUAUGAAUAACAAUAUGAACGUUUGCUUCUAUGGAUUAUUACUAGUAGAUCUAAAAAUGUGAGAAAUGGCCAAAAAUUACGGCAGUGAGGGAGACCUCGUUACCAAGCAACCAAGUUCUUUAAAGGGCAGCGUUAUUUUCUCCCUUUCUACAGGAGAUAUGGGAAAGGGACGUGAAGUCGCGGGGGCAGGAAUUGGAGAGGGUUACCAUGACAGUGGUAAAGUAGGGUGUUCAGGAUCUGACAUGUAUAACCUAAAGUCAAGCUCUUUAAAAACAGGGUCUCGAGUGAGCUUUGCCGAUUUUGACGACCAAGGCAACAUGAUAAAAACGUGUAGUGAAACUGAGCUUAACCACGAACCUUCUAUUUUAACAGUGAAUUUGGGUCGUAGUUUGUCAUACUCAGCCAUCGAGCGGACUAAUGACCUCAGUGACAAUACCCAGGAUUUGUUUAGCCCGGAUAUUGUUUACAGUUCCCGUGGUUACGAUACUUAUUCUCUUGGCUCUCUUGAUAGUCGUUUGUCAACAAGCCCGAUACAAGAGGUUGCGGAACACUUUGAGAAUGAACACGAGGGGGACAUUUUGACAGAAAUACCUCUGAGCAAUGACUGUUCCAAUUGUGGUAGUGAACACUGUAGUGACAAAUGUGACGAACUCUUUCAACAAAGGUGCUCCAUCUCUCAUAGUAGAUCAAGUCCAUCGAUAUCCCCGCCUAAACUAGUCCCCACAGGAAAACCUCCAUUACCCAACGGGAAAUCCAAGCACCGGCCGUCAGGGAAACAGUCAUGGCUUCUGAGGUUGUUCGAGUCGAAGAUGUUUGACAUGUCCAUAGCAAUCUCCUACCUUUUCAACUCGAAAGAACCUGGCGUGCAAUCUUACUUAGCCAACAAGAUGUUCAGUUUUGUGGACCGAGAUGUGGAUUUCUACCUGCCGCAGCUUCUUAACAUGUACAUCCACAUGCACGAUGUCGCGGAGGCCGUUCACCCGUACCUUAUUCACAGGUGUCGUAAAAGUGUAGAAUUCAGUAUGAAAUGUGUUUGGCUGUUGGGAGCGUUCUCGGCAGAUGUUCUCAAACCAACGUGGCGGACCUCACAGGGGAUCAAGCUCCGAAACCUCAUAGUUAAUGAAGAACUCAGCCACCAUAUUCACAAGCAUGGUCACCAUAGAAAUAUGUUGCUCCAUGCCCCACCCCCUGCCACACCUAAACACUCCCCAGCAGGAUCUCACCACCCACCAACUCCUGGCAAGAAGACCCACACCCGUUCUAGAUCUGAUGCUACAGGUAUUUAUGUAAAGCAGAGCAACAGCCAGUCGACGAACACUUUACAUACAAUGGCGUGCGGGGACCUGGCGACGGGCCGAGCGUUCGAUAAUGGUUGCAUUUGUCACCAAAGUACAGAGGGCGUGAGAAAUGACCUCACAGGGAAAAAGGUCAUCUGCAAUUGUGGGGCAGCCAGACUGGCCCCACAGGUGGAGUUUGUGAAGGUGUUGAUGAGUAUAGGCUCCAGACUACAGCAGCUACCCACCAAAGAACUCCGAGGUUCCCGACUGAUGGCUGAGCUAGCCAUGAUGAACCUCAACCUACCGGCUCGUGUGUGGCUACCCACCAUACAGUUUGACCAUCACGUUGUCCGUAUACCGCACACACAGAGUGUUGUCCUCAACUCAAAAGAGAAGGCACCAUACUUGGUCUACGUAGAAGUAUUGGAAUGUGAAAACACGUUGACGAGCCAAGUGCCAAACAAGAUACUCGAAAAUACUCUUCGAUACACAAGAUCAGAGGAGGAUUUGGUCACCUUCUAUCACCAUGGGAACACGUCACCGAGGGAUUUCAGUGUCUAUGGCAACCUGAACGACUUCGAUGAUGCGGAUUGCUGGUCACAGGAAGAUGAUGAAAUUCUGCAGAUUCAGAUGUCGAUGAGAAGCAAGUCAAGUGACACAAUCUCCCAGUUCUCGAUAGAGAGUUCCACCAGUGGUGACAGCAAGGACCCGGUCUACAUCGCCGCUGGAGACAUUCGCAGGAGGCUCUCUGAGAACAUCAGCGCUCCGAAGGGGAAAUUUGAGCGUGACCCAGAGGACCCGUCAGCAGCUGCUAUGAAGGAACCCUGGGAGGAAAAGGUGCGACGUAUACGAGAAUCAUCACCAUAUGGGCACCUGCCGAACUGGAGACUCAUGUCUGUCAUUGUCAAGUGCGGGGACGAUCUCCGACAGGAACUGAUGGUCUACCAGGUUCUCAAACAGCUGCAGGCAUUCUGGAACCAGGAGCAUGUCCCACUGUGGAUCAGGCCAUACAACAUCGUUGUCACGUCCAACAACAGCGGCAUGAUAGAACCUGUCCUCAACGCUGUCUCCCUUCAUCAGAUCAAGAAGCACAGUAAGAUGACACUGCUGCAGUACUUUGAACAUGAAUUUGGGCCACAAAACAGUGAGGAAUUUCUCACCGCUCAGAAGAACUUUGUCCAGAGCUGCGCGGGCUAUUGCCUUGUCUGCUACCUCAUGCAGGUUAAAGACAGACACAAUGGUAAUAUCCUGCUGGAUUCUGAGGGCCAUAUCAUCCAUAUUGACUUUGGCUUCAUCCUCUCCACCUCACCCGGCAAAAACCUUGGAUUUGAAAACUCAGCCUUCAAACUUACACAUGAGUUUGCUGAGGUGAUGGGAGGAGAAGGUAGUGACAUGUUUGAAUACUUCAAGAUACUCAUUCUCCAAGGCCUUGUAGCCUCGCGUAAACACAUGGACAAGAUCAUCCCCCUGGUGGAGAUCAUGCAGACAGGUUCACAGCUGCAGUGUUUCAGCAAGGGUGUUAGCACGAUACGAGCCCUGAAGGAAAGAUUCCACCUUAAUCUUACCGAGGAACAACUACAGCUUCUAGUGGACAAUAUGGUGGAAUCUAGCCUUAACUCUUUAACCACCAAACUUUAUGAUGGAUUCCAAUACUUGACCAAUGGUAUUUUAUGAUCAGUGCUUAGGUUAAGUAGUAGUAUGACGAAAUAACCAUUUUAUCUUGUGAUGGUUUAGAAGUCAGAUUCAAGCAGUGAAUGGGUUUGAUUGAGAUUUAGUGGAAUGUAGCCUCAGUAUUGGAAAUGUGGUGGACUGUAGACCCAGUGUUGUUGAUAUUGGUCAUAUGUUGUAUGGGAAUUGAUCAUGUGAUGGUAAACAAGCGAGAUACAAAUCCUUACAUGGUGGAGUGCUAGAUUUUAGUGGACUGUAACCUCUGAACAGCAUUGAGAAGAGUAUAUGACUGAAUUGAGUGAAUUUGAACCUAAUCAUGGAUACAUUGUGUAAAGACUGGCAUAGAUACUACUGGAUGGAUAAUUUUUCAAUGUAAACAUGGUAUGGAACAAACAUUAUCGUGCUGGAUGAGAUUAACUGUAGACCUAUAUUGGGGAAUUGGCAGUGAUGGUGGAAAGAGAUGAUGUGUCACCUUCUGAAACUUGUAUACACAGGAUGUGAAACCCAUGACUUCGACUCAUAAUUUGUUGUGAUGCAUGAUGAGAAGAAAAGGGACGUCUUUUUGAAAAGAAAGAAUGAAUACUGCUGAUCAUCAUGUUGAAUUAUUGAUUAAAAGGGACCCAAGUUGCAAUCACUUACAGUGAUAUCCACAAUGGGGCUGGCUUAUCAGCUAGCAUACCACAAAUUGUCAUAAGAUCAAGAUGUAGUUAAGAUUGCUGGUCACAAUUAAAUUACCAAUGAAAUAAUAUGUUACGAAAUAAAUCAUAUUACUUGUUUAGAUUACCAAUUCAGAAAAGUGAUCAUACAGUAUGAUACGUUAUUUAUAAGAGGUUCCCAAAAUAUAUUAGCAUGUUGGACAAGUGGAUUUACCAUGCUUGAUGGUGUUUAUUUGCAUUGUAAUUAAUUGUUGUACCGUAUAUCAAUUUUUAAAAUGGCACAUCAAUGCAACGUUUUGUACCCAGCCUGGGUUGUUUUACUUGAGCUGUUAAUGAAUGAAAUGAAGCAAGUUUUCCAUGCAAUUUUAUUUAGUAUUUUAUUCUCAUUAUCAUACCAAAUCAAUUAUAAAAGCCUCCUAUAACAAGCUUUUUAUUCAAUUUUAAUUAUAUUUUUACCUUGGUCACCAGUUCAAAAUUUGGAAAAACAGUGCCAGACUUUAAACUUCCCAUAAAUUUUAAUUAAAGGACAUAAAUUAACAAAAUCAACCCACCUGUCUUUUAAAACUGUCACAAUUUCGCAUGAGAAUUUAAAAGAUUUUAUCCUUUUUGCCAUAGCAUAAACGCUACUGGUUUCAUAUGAACUUAGCAUUUCAAGCUGUUUGAUGAAUAGCUUUUAAAAAUAGCAUGAUCACAACCUAAACUCUUUGAAGUGUCGAAAACUUACUGUUCGAGCUUUGUUUGGGUAAUUACAAUGACUGCCUCUUUGUCACAAAAUGCUAUUGUGAUCUAUUGACAAGUAAACUUUUCCAAGUCUAUUUGCUAACAGUUGUAAAGCGGAAAAUGUCAAGGGGACAUAAGUCAUUAUCUUGGAUAAGUCAUUGUUUAUAUUCAUAGUGUUUCAGGCGUUUAUUUAAACCAAAUCAUUGCUGUUUUUCAGUAUCAUUAAAAUCAUAUUUAUAAAGCUAAACUAGUGUACACACUCGAAUGAAAUAAAGCAAUUCACAAUUCACAAUUGGAUUUUAAUGAGAUUGCUGUUGGGCUGUUUUUGUUUUAAACAAAAUUGUUUUACCUUAUUUAUACUAACAAAGUCAGAAUCGUGUUUCAGGAAGUUGUUGGUGAAAAACCAACCAGUGCUAUAAGCAAACUCAAUGCAUUGAUGAUUUUUGUUUAUAUAUAAUAUAUUUUGUGUGUCAAAUAACUGUUUUUGUCCAUUUUUGAUUAUUAUCAGCCAUUUUUCAUUGUGUGUAUGUUUUAACAAGAAUGAACUGGCACCUGGCUUGAAAAACUGAUGAACAGCUGUAUGGUAGCCUGUACGGUUAUCGCAAUCUGAAAGAUUUUCCUCUUUAGAGCAAAUGUGAAAUUAAAUUUGUUUGAGUGGAUGUUUUUAUUAGCUCCUCUGUGUUUCAUUUUAUAAUAGAUGUGAGAUUAUGCUAGCUGUGGCAUGUUGAUGGCAGCAACUGUUUUGCUCAAAAACUUCAACCUUGGCCAUAACUCGAAAAGUGUUAAGAUAUUAAUAGAUAAAAAUACAAAGAUAUUAAGUAUUUAGCAACGCCACAAGUAUAUACUUAUUCAUUUUACUUCAAGGCUGAUAAAAUAUGUGACCAUAAAAGUAACAUUGACACCAGGUUUGAUAUUUAAGGAUUCCAAGCCUUCACCUUUGAAAGUUUUCUUAAACAUUAUGGAUUUUUUUGUACUUACAAGGACUCUAUUUUGGAUGUUUUAGCAUUCUUUUAGGGAAAUAAUAUACUUCUGAAUUUCCUUAGAUGGAAGCACUGAGUAGCAAUGGCCUGCCUGGCACAUCUCCUACCUACCUUGGAGAAUAAUCAAUAGAACAGCGCCUCUGUUGAAAAUUGAAUCCCUGAAGUCCAAAAGAAACUCAUACAAAAAUUAGGUAUGAAAUGAAAUGUGUUGUAUGUUGAUAAGUAUGAAUGGCACUUAGCGGUUUAAUUUAUUGAUUGUAAAUCAUAAUUCAUAGAGGCAUUUUAUCAAACAUUCAGUAUUCAUCUUUUAUAUACAUUAUGUCAUAUUGCAAUUUAAUCAAUGCAACUGCUGUUUUAUUCAAAUGUAUUCUAAAAUAUAUAUAUGUAAGUAAAAUAUUUGCUAGAUGUCUGAACAAACUUUUGUGUUGCUUUUUGUUCAUGUUUUGAAACUAUUUCCCCAUCUUCUGUUACCCACCAUCAUUCAGAUGUUACAGAAUGGGUCAAUCUGGGUAUUUGAUGGUGCUUUUCCCAAGUAUAAUGCAUAACAAAAUCCAUACACCAAUAUCGCUCAUUGUUCUGUACACAUAUAACACCUCUGUGCUCUCGUUUGCGUCCACCUACAGAGCAGCAGGUCAAACGUUUGAGUCACAUUAGGUGCCUGUUCUGAUAUGGCUGGUUGCAGACCUAGCAGAUCAUUAAAUAAUGGGUGCCGAUAGCCUUACUGACAGAUAGUUUUUAGGAGUAAAGAUGUUCAUUGAUCAUUGUUCUGACCGGCUGGCCCUUAAUUCAGACGGGUGACACUAUCAUAAAUGCACAUACUGUAUAUUACUGAAAAUUAUAUCUACUACUUAACAUUACAAUAGUGUCAAAUUAGAAAAGCUUAAUGAAAAAUAUCCCCUUAAUUCAAAUGAUUUGUAAUCAACAGUUGCCUAGUUCGCUUUAUUAUGACUGUCUCUGCAUUUUUCUGUCAGAUUUACCAAUAUUGACACGAGUCACACUUCACCUUCCUUAUCGAAACCCUUGAACGCCAGGUUUUAAAUUUGUGUUUGGUUAUAUUUUUUAACACGGAACAUACAGUUUCCCUGAAUACCAUUCUAUCAUAUAACCUCUUGUAGAAAAUAACAAAAAACAAAAUCAUUUCAUUCAGUAUCUUUAUUUUGGAGAUCUCAUAGGGAAGCACUUGAUGGAACCGAUAGAACACAGAAAAUUAAAAUAUAUUCCGAGUUGUUGAAGAAAACCCUCAUUUCGGUGGUUGACACUAGACUAGUUUCCCACCCCAUUAUAUCACCGUCAAAUUGUUUGUAAGCGCAUGAUCACUGUGUAUAGAAUCAUGCUCUCUCAUUGUUUUAGUGAUCACUUGCCUUUCUGUGUUAAAUUUUAAACAUCUCUGUGGAUAAAGUCACUAUUAUUUUAUGUAUUGAGCAGAAUCUGUGAAAAAUUAAA